AUGGCAGCUCUCAGUGGAAAGAUGGAUGCUUAUGAUCUGCUUGCAUCAAAUGGGAGCAUUCCAUCCCUGACUACUCCGCAGAAUGAUAAUGUUCUUCAUGCAGCAAGUCAAGGUGGUAACAAGGCCAUAGUAAGGAAGGUCAUUGACAUCUUUGACAUCAACACCAGGGGAAGGAAUGGUUCCACACCUCUGAUGAGGGCUGUUAUUGGAGGCCACAUUAGUGUGCUGAAGUUCCUGAUGUCUCGUUCAGCUGACGAUACUCUGGUGGACAAUGAUGGGCUCACCCUUCUACAUCUUGCUUGUACAUAUGGUCACCUUGAUGUUGUGAAACACAUCUCAGACAGGUUUGAUAUAAACACUAAAGACAAGGCUGGUUUAACAUGCAUCAUGACAUCGGUACUGUAUGGUAAAGUUGCAGUAUUUGAAUACCUGCAAAGUAGAGACGCAGAUUUGUUACUAGUUGACAAUGAAGGCGAUGACGCCUUAAAUCUUGCCCUUAAAGUAGACUGCAAGCAAAUCAUAGAAAAGCUGUCAUCAGGUAGAGAGUCAGAGAGGAACGUCACACCAUGGAGUGCCCUUAUGAAGGCAGACAUAAGACGGUUUACACCAACAUCAGACAAUGCUCACGUUGAAGUCUUCAACAGAUAUAUGGAAGACCUCGUGGGAGGGUUCAAUGUCUCUGUGUUUGAUACCUUCAACAUGACUAAAGGAGUGAGGAGCGUGGAUGGUGUGCACUAUGGCCCUGGGGUCAACCUUGUUAAAGCUCAGAUAUACUUGAACUAUAUAUUGGAAUUACAACGACAAGAAAUAUGGAAUUGA